AUGGAUCUCACAAUGACUGACGUCUCGGAAAAGCCCCAGGGGGAGGGCAGCCAAAACCCCCCAACAGUGGCUAACGAAGGCGCCCCUAAAAAGGCUGUCCGAGUUGCCAAUCGCCGAGGUCGCAAGACUGAGGCACUGUUGAAAGACAAGGCCGUGCUGGGUGAAAUCAGCUGGUCUAAAGUAUCGAAGCCGGGGUCGCUCCUUGCUGACCGCAUCGCGGAAGGCAAAGUUGAGUGCGAAGGUGACGAUGCUAUCUUCGCCGCAUGGGACAAGGGGGGUAGGAAACCCUGCCCCACCUGCCAGAAGAAACACGCGGGAGCUUGCCUCUCGAAGAGAGAAGACGAGGUUCGGCGGUGCAAGCAAGCUCUGCUCGCUGCCUACCAGCGUGAGCAGCUCAAGCCUGUGCCUGUCCCUGCGGCAACCCCCCGUCCGGCUGCUUCGGCGGCUGGGGCUCCUACUCCUGCGGUCCGCGUUCCUGCUGACGCUGAGGCUCCGGCUGAAGCGGAAGCUGAUGAGCCAGCGCCAAAGGGUAAGGGCAAGCGACCCUAUUGCCACAAGUGCGAAGGGUUUCAUCUUGGUGAGUGCAACAAGCCAAGCUGUGAAAAGUGCGGCACGUCGCACUACCCCCAGCAGAAAUGCAAGCCCUCUCCGCAGCGCCUGGAGAUGUUCGAGGCUAUGUUUAGCCAAGUGACCGACCCGAAGGCUGCGGAGGCAGCAGGGCAAAUGUUCAACCAGAUGUUCGGCAAGUCAUCUGCGUCCUCUUCCACACAGAAGGGGAAAGGCAAGAAGCGCAAGGCCCCGGAUGGGGACGCUGCCAACGGUAAUCAGCAACGCUAA